AUGGUGUCCUUGCGCUGCAGUUGUAGCAGCAGCAACAGCAGCAGCAAAUGCGACUUCUUGACUUACUUGGUGUUACCCGCCCCUCCUCCUGAUGAGGAUGACACUCACGAGGCUUUCCGUUCUUCCCUGUACUUGUCCUUAGGCAUUGACAUAUGCACGUCCGAAGCACUCGUCUCUCGCAGCAACCAUGUAGAACCGGCUAUUUCUCUUCUUGAUAACAGCAAGAAUGCAAAACAAAGACCGCUUAGGCUUCUAAGAAUCUGCUGCUGCCUAUGCGGUGGCUGUGUCCGAGUUAACUGCGGCAUGUGGCUAGACGCCCUGCGCGUGCAGCACGCCUCCGAUAGCGAGCUGUAUUUCUUUCAGGCGCACUUGCAGUGCCCACAGAAUUCGGAGAACAACACCAGUGACGCUGCAGCAGAAACAGUAGCAACGGCAGCAGCGGGGGCAGCAGCAGCAGCAGCAGUAGCAGCACGUGAUGUUCCCCCAACAGAAAAGCGAAAGAGGGAAGGAGGCAUAAGCUGUUUUCGCCUGGCGAGAGGCAGAACCCGAGGCAGCAGAGAAGAAGCGUGGGGCAUUCUUGCUGGCUGCUCAGGCCCCUUCAGUUUCCGCCACUGCUUAACGAUAAUGCAACGCCCCCCUGAUGUGCUGAUGCAGAACGCGCAGGGGCAUUGGGUGGCGGAGCAGGCAGGACAAGCGGGCAUCGCUUACGCGUCUCAGGCGCACCGUUUAUUCUCUCUGUUCUGUGCUCCUGCAAAUGAAGUGAGGUCGUAUACGAUUGAGGAAAGACAGACUGCUAUCCUCCGCGAAGCAGCCGCCGAGUUGCAGGCAUACGUACACCCCAAGUUGCAGGUGGCGUCAUUCAUGCAGGAGGGGAGGGGACUCGUUGCAGCAGAAGAGCUACAGCGGGGAGAAAUGCUUAUGCGUAUUCCUGCCUCAGCCCUCCUCAAUGUUUACACGGCUCUGGUGCACCCUACAUUCUCUCCUCUUGCACAGUUGCUGCUGGGGCUUCCCCCCGAGCGUCUGCAGCAACAGGAAACAGCAAUGCAGCAGAAGCCGCCUCCUCAGCAGAAGAAUGCCAAUUUACCUACGGAAUUGCAGCCUCUUGUUGACUGCGAUGUCGUUCUGUGCCUCUUUCUUCUCUUUCUUGCAUUUACUUGUGGAGAGCAGGGAGGAAGAGCCGUCUUGCGUUUCCUCCCUGCAGCUGGGGAGGGGGACGCCGCAGCCACAGCAGAGGCUAUGCGUUCCCCUUCGUGUGGUAAAGCAGCAGCAGCAGCAGCAGCUCAAGCAGAUGAGUUCUUGCUGAUGGAUUCUGAAGGGAUCGUCGAGUUCCUCGGAGAUGCUGCCUUGAGGAGCGGCGUUGAACGCUCUCUAGCAAAGUGUAAGAUGAUGCAGGAGGAGCUGCUGCCGCUGCUGCAGCAGGCUUUUCCUCCCCCUGCAGGGAUUCACCAAGGAGGCGGAGUACUCUCCGCCUGCAGAGCAGCAGCAGCAACAGCCUGCAAAACAGAUGUAUUUUCCGAGUCUUCCAUGCCAGCUGGUGCUGUGGCAGCGGCAGCAGCAGCAACAACAGCAGCAACAGCUCAGAGUGGCAGUGCCUCUGGGGACUGUCUUGCCUCUUCCUGCGAAGGGACCGAUCUUCUCAAGACAUUCUUAGCGCAACUGAACUACACGGAUUUUGUGUGGGCGCAUCUUAUCCUCGAUUCCCGUUCUUUUUCGCUUCCCCUGCGGCCCUUGCCGCCUCUUCAAGAGUUUCAGUCUUCUACGGGGGAUAUUAAGAAAGCUCCUAACUCCUACGCCGGUGACAAUGCUACUGGGGAACCACCGCUAGUCAGCGGGGAAGACAGCGGCAGAAGGGAGGAUGAUGAAGAGGAUGAAGAAGUUGGGGAAGAGCAUCGAGUGCCGUUCCUACCAGAGUUACUUGAGACGGCAGCACAGGACUGUCGACGCCUGCGUCUGCCUGUGGGGGAUCGGGGGGUGCAUGGCAAAGAGGAGCCUGUGCUGUUUGUACGGCUUCCUCCGCGCUGUGCGUCAUUUGUUCCUCUUGGAGACUUGCUGAACCACCACGCCCAUGGGCAGGUGUUGUCUCCUGAGAUAGAGAAAGAAACCGGAUGUCUCUGCCUCCGGUUAGCCUGUGAUGUUCCAGCCGGUUCCCAGGUGUACGCACACUACGGGCCUCUGCAGUCGUGGCAGUUUCUUGCCUACUUCGGAUUCUGCCCUUCCUCGUUUCCGCGUUUGCAACCUCCUCAUAGUGCAGCAGCAGCAGCAGAUAAAGGCGACACAAACGGGGAAUGGCAGUUUACCGGCGAAGCCCCAGGAAACCCCGUGGAUUUCUUAACGGUGCAGGUGGAGAUCGCCGAUGACGACGCGGAAUAUGAGCUAAAGCAAAGCAUCAUGGAGCUGCAGGAGUUGCCUCUCUGCGGCUUGUUCAGUACGGGGAUAGAAGAUGUCUCCUGGAAGUUCUUGGCUUCAAUGUUUGUUUCUUCCCACCCCAGUCUCGAUCAUUUUCUAUAUGCAGGCGGAGCUGGUCCUGCAGGAGCAGCAGUGGCCGCUGCUGCAGCCACUGCAGCGGGAGAAGCAGUAUGGGGGCCUACGUACACUUGUACUGCUAUUCGCAACGAUCCGGAGGCUGCUACCCGUAUCCGUGAUCUUGUUGCUGACGCGCUGCAGUCCGUAGCCAAGGCUGCUGAACAGCGAUCUGCACAGUUGGACAAGUGGGAAAAAGACACCGGAACGGCACCGCGUUGGGUUCGGGUUUGGGGAGAAAGGCUGCGGAUAUAUUUGAACAACCAGAAGGCCCUCACCAGCACGCAAAUGAAAACAUUAUUGAAUUGUUUGUCUUUCUGCCCUCCAUCUUCUGCACCGUAG